AUGAAGGGGUUGCCCUGCCCGUGCCCUGCCCUGCCCCACUUCUGGCAGCUGGGGUCUCCCUUCAUGGCCGACGGCUCUGGGACUCAGGCCCCAGGGAAAGGACCCCUGCUCAGCAUGCAGCUCCUGCGAGCGCAGUAUGCAGGCCUGAGACGGCAACAGAGGGCCCAGGCCCACGUGGUGGCGCUCCCGAAAGGAGGGAACAUGCCUGCUCCUGCUGAGGCCAUGGUCAGUGCUGUUUGGAUUAACAAGGAGAGAAGGCAUUCACUGUCCCUAGAAGAGGCGGAUCCUGAGGCAGAGGAUAUGCUGGAGGAGGCUGACAGAGGCUGUCUCCAGGCCCCCGAGUCUCCAUGGCACACACACCUAGAGAUGCACCGCUCGGUCCAAACCUUCCACCAGGAAACCACUCAUCAAGUAAAGCACAAGGACAAGUUCAUGGGGUCUGAGCAAAGGCUCCCAGGCUUGUUUGAAGACACUCAGAUGACUCAGCAAGGAAGCACGAUCCCAGAGGCAGCCCAGCAUGAAUGUCAAGUGGGCAAUACCCAAACAAAGGCAGUGGGAUCUGGCUUAAACAUUGGCGCUCAGGGCCCUCCUUCCAUAAAGAAGCCACACAGGUCUGGAAGACCAGCUCACUAUCCAUUUCCCCAGAGGAAAACUCCCAGGAUCUCCCAGGCGGCCCGGAACCUGGGCUUAUAUGGCCCAGCCUGA